AUGGGCAGCCACGCAAGGAAGGGGCAUAAGCCCAAGUCGCGCGGGGCAAAACCCAGCACGCGGCAUGCCGCUGACGACAGCGGCGCCGCCGCCAGUCAUGCGUCCCCGGCCGUGGCGCCGCCGCCGCCGCCGGCUCCCCCGUGUGUGGCGAAGCUAACUUCACCGGACUGGAACGUGGUGGAGGAGGGUUGCGCGGAUGUGGCAGCCUUCGCGCUGCAGCCCUCGCAGCACGCAAACCUGUCGGCCCACGGCGUGCCGCAGCGGCUCGCUGAGGUUCUCUUCGCCGCGGCCGCACCCGCGUCGGCCGGCCAGCCACAUGGAACCGACGUCCAGGCCCCACCACCGCGGCAGUCUCAUUGCGGGGCGCUUUACCUGCGGACGGCCGCCGCGGAGGCCCUGCGAAACUUCGUGGUAAACGGCCUCGAGGACGCCGUGGUGGACGCGCUGGCGGCCUCUACCUUUCCCGUUUGUGGGGCACAGCAACAGCCGGGCGAGGGAGGACGUGUCGCUUUCCGCGACGGCCUGGUCGCGCUCCUUACGACCACGUGGGACGCGGUGCAGAAGGCACGCCGGGAUGCGCCGCUGGCCCCGCCCGCGGUUGCGCAAGACGACGACGACGACGACGACGCCGCCGCCGCCCCUGCCGAGGGCGACGGGGUGGAGGGGUGUAACACGCGUGGGGGUCUUCGCCACGCGCCGUUCGUGAUCGCCGCCCGCGCCCUGGAAGAGGUGCUGCAGCUGAUCGCGGUCUGCGUGGAGGGGUGUGAGCAGGUGGCGGAGGCCUUCUCCGCCCCGCAUGUUCUGCACACGCUACUCUCCCUGCUGGGGGCGACAACCGGCGUCGUCUGGGAGACGCUGCGGCACCCCGCACAGCUCUACCAAGCCACCGUGGAGACUGGCGUGCUGUGGCUGCGGCAGUACAAGCGACGUGAGGCGGAGCUCUUGGCGGCCGUGGCGGUGGCGGGGAGUGAGGUGCUGCACGUGUUGAGUGACGAGAACGCGGCGCUGGCCGCGCUGCUGCAAUCGCCUGAGAUGAUGGCGUCGCAUCAGGCGUUCCUCACAGACUCCCUUGACGCGACCGCGAUCAUGGCGUGGCUGCGGGAGGAGGCGGCACUUGCGCCGUCGUCGUCGUCUCCUCCUCCUUCUUCUUCUUCGGCGGCUGCGGCAGAGGAAGAAGAAGCAGGGGAAGAUGACGCGCUGCUGUCCGCCGGCCGACAGAACAUCCUCUAUCAGCUCUGCGAGGUCUCGCUGCGGGUGCAGGGGACACUUAUGAACGCCGUCCCCAGCACGGCGAACGCCGCCCGAGUGCUGCCGCUGGUGGUGGCGGUGUUAGAUGCCCACCCGCCCCACAAUGAGUGGCGCCGCACGGUGCCGCUGCUGCUGCAGGAGUGUACCUUGCGGGAGGAGCACCGUGCCGUUCUCGUGCAGCGUGCCUUGUGGCGGCUGCGGUGUGAUCAGGCGGCGGUAAACGUGCUGCAUACCACCGUGGACACCAUCUGCGGCCUCAACGAGGCCGACGCCGAUGAUGAGACGGCGUUCCAGCAAAACCCGCAGGCAGGCCUGCUGUACAGCACAAACGCGAUGUACGUCGUGGGCAAGCUGAUGAGGGACGCCCUGCGACUGCCCACAGACGUUAACAGUAAUAACAGUAACAUAAACGCUAACAGCGACGCCGCGCACGUCGCCGCCUCCGGCCCUGUGAACUGUGAGGACGACGUCGUGGUGGAGCGGGCACUACGCGCCGCCGCUGGCACCUCUGGCACCGGCGGCCUCAUCACCAAACUUCAGCUGCUGGUGCUCUCCAACGAGGUGGGGGUGUGGAGCCUGGCCAACACGCUGUUGAUGAUGGUCCCCUGGUCGGGCCUCGGCGAGGAGCCGGCCCACAUCUGGCGCGCCAUCAUGCACGCCCUCGGCCUGCGCUCGCAGCUCCUUGCGGAGGCGGCAGCAGCAGCGGCAGGAGACGCCAACGGAGCGACUACCGUGAUGGGGGUGACGCCGGCGGCCAUGAAUUUGCUGCGACUGCAGCUUGAGUCGCUCGUGCAGAUGUUGUGGACGCUGCAGCGAAAGCAGGCGGCAGCCGCGGGUGGCCCGCUGCAGGUCACAAACUUGCUCGCCGCCGCCGCGUCCGACAUGGACGUCGUGACGCGACUGGCGUGGGACCCCCACGCCACGCCGCUGCAGAAGCAGGCCUGCGUGGGGGUGGUGUGUGCCAUGUGCGCCUCCUUCAAGAGCGCCGAGUCCACCGGUGCGGCGGCACGCUUUGCACUCGGCGUCAUGCAGGUAGAUGAGGCACUUCAGAGCGCCUCGGCGGCCGCUUGCGCGCCGCCGGCAGCAGCCGCGAAGGACGAGAACGGCGCGGCGGGGCGACGGUGGGUGGCGAGCGUCACCGCCACCGACGCGCUGUGGCGCGUGCGCUGCGAGGCCUCCAACCACCUCAUGGACCUCUUCCUUGACGAGACGCACGACGACGCCGUGUACGUCCCUCUCCGCGUGCACGCGGCCCUGAAGUCGUUCCUUGGCCUCUUUCAGGCGUACCUGAGGCGGCGCCAGCAGGUGGUGCGGGAGGCGCAGCGGAACUACCGCGUCACCCUCCCCGACGUCGAGGACGCAGCGCACUGGCGCGAGGUCGCCGAGAACCUCUCCGCCUUCUUAGACUACAAGACACAGCACAUUGGACGCCAGCGCCUGUGA